AUGGCGAAGUUGGACCUCCUCAACAUUCUGGAUGAUUUAAAAGACGACGAAUUUAAGAACUUCAAGUGGUGCCUGAUGGAUGAAAAGGUGGGUGACAUCAAACCCAUCAAAAAGAAGGAUCUGUCAAAGGCAGAGACGCGGGAUGUGGUGGAUCUGAUGGUGCAGAAAUAUGGAUUUGCUGGAGCUGUGGAGGUGAUGAAGAGCGUUUUAAAGAAGAUCAACAGGAAUGAUCUGGUGGAGGAGUUGUCAAACAUCGGCUCAGGAGCAGAAGAUGGUGAUCAGCAGAAUGUCCGUGAUGGACAUAGGAUCUAUCUGAGGGUGAAAUGUCAACAAGUGACUGCAGUCAAUGAUAAUGCAGAAAGACCCCUCCUCAAUGAUAUCUACACUGAGGUCAACAUCACACGGGGAAGGUGUAAAGAGGUUAAUGCCCAACAUGAAGUGUGGCAGCUUGAGAGAGCUUCCAAGAUGGAGACUCAGGACUCCCCAAUCAAGUGUCAGGAUAUCUUCAAAGUCUUACCCAACCAAAAGAAACACAUCAUCAGAGUCGUUCUGAUGAUCGGCGUCGCUGGCGUUGGAAAAACCUUUACGGUGCAGAAGUUCACUCUGGACUGGGCAGAGGGCUCCAAAAACCAACAUAUCAGUCAGCUGAUUCUGCUUCCAUUCAAGGAACUGAACCCAAUCAAAGAUGAGCAGUACAGUCUGCUCAUGUUGAUCCAUAAAUUCUAUCCAACAUUACAGCUCACAGCAGAGAAGCUCGCUGUCUGCAAAGUUCUGUUCAUCUUUGACGGCCUGGAUGAAAGCAGGCUUUCAAUGGAUUUCAACAACAGUGAGGUCGUGUCUGAUGUCACACAGAAGUCAUCAGUCAGCGUGCUGUUGACAAACCUCAUCAGGGGGAAGCUGCUUCCCUCGGCUCUCAUCUGGAUAACUUCCCUACCUGCAGCAGCUGAUCAGAUCCCUUCAACAUUUGUUAACAGGGUAACAGAAGUACGAGGCUUCACUGAUGCCCAGAAGGAGGAGUACUUCAGGAGGAGAUACAGUGAUGGAAAGAAGUCCAGCAGAAUCAUCUCACACAUCAAGACAUCCAGGAGCCUCCACAUCAUGUGUCACAUCCCAGUCUUCUGCUGGAUCACUGCUACAGUUCUGGACCACAUGUUGACUACACACCAGAGAGGAGAGCUGCCCAAGACCCUGACUGACAUGUACUCACACUUCCUGCUGUUUCAGACAAAGAGGAAGAAGAACAAGUAUGAUGAGGGACGUGAGACGAGGAAACUUCUUCUGAAGCUGGGGAGGCUGGCGUUUGAACAACUGGAAAAAGGAAACAUGUUUUACCAAGAAGACCUGAAGCAGUGUGGUCUUGGUGUCACAGAGGCCUCGGUGUUAUCAGGGGUUUGUACAGAGAUCUUCAGAAAAGAACAGGGGUGCGACAAGGCUAUAGUCUACAGCUUUGUUCAUCUGAGCGUUCAGGAGUUUCUGGCUGCAGUCCACAUGUACCACUGUUACACCAAUGGGAAGGCAGGGGUACUGAAGGACUUCCUGGGAGAAUCAAACCCAUCUCUGGAUGUCUUCCUGAUGAGAGCCAUGGAGAAAUCUCUCAGGAGUGAAAAUGGCCACCUGGACCUGUUUGUCCGCUUCCUUCAUGGCCUCUCUCUGGAGUCCAACCAGAGUCUCUUAGGAGACCUGCUGGGUCAGACAGACAACAGUCCAGAAACCAUCCAGAGAGUCAUCAACAACCUGAAGGAGAUGAACAGUGAGGAUGUCUCUCCUGACAGAAGCAUCAACAUCUUCCACUGUCUGAUGGAGAUGAACGACCGCUCAGUACAUCAGGAGAUCCAAGAGUUCCUGAAGUCAAAGAACAGAUCAGAGAAGGAACUCUCUGAGAUCCACUGCUCAGCUCUGGCCUACAUGCUGCAGAUGUCAGAAGAGGUUCUGGAUGAGUUGGACCUGAAGAAGUACAACACAUCAGACGAGGGACGACGGAGACUGAUCCCAGCUGUGAGGAACUGCAGAAAGGCUGAACUUUCUGACUGUAAACUCUCAGAGACUCACUGUGAAGUUUUGGUCUCAGCUCUGAAGUCCAACCCUCAUCUGACACAUCUGGACCUGAGUAAGAACAAACUGUCUGAUUCAGCAGUGAAGCGUCUGUCUGCUGGACUGGAGAGUCCAGACUGUAGACUGAAGACUCUGAUAUUGGAGCACUGCAGUUUGUCAGAGACCAGCUGUGAUGAUCUGGUCUCAGCUCUGAAGUCCAACCCCUCCCAUCUGAGGGAGCUGGAUCUGAGUGGAAACAACCUGUAUGAUUCAGGUGUGAAGGUUCUGUCUGCUCGACUGGAGAGUCCAAACUGUAGACUGGAGACUCUGAGAUUGUGGGACUGCAGUUUGUCAGAGACCAGCUGUGCUUCUCUGGUCUCAGCUCUGAAGUCCAACCCCUCCCAUCUGAGAGAUCUGGAUCUGAGUGAAAACAACCUGUCUGAUUCAGGUGUGAAGGUUCUGUCUGCUGGACUGGAGAGUCCUAACUGUAGACUGGAGACUCUGAGGUUGUUUCGCUGCAGUUUGUCAGAGAUCAGCUGUGCUCCUCUGGCUUCAGUUCUGAAGUCCAACUCCUCCCAUCUGAGAGAGCUGGAUCUGGGUAAAAAUAACCUGAAGGAUUCAGCAGUGAAGCAUCUGUCUUCUGGACUGGAGAGUCCAAACUGUAAACUGGAGACUCUGAGAUUGAUAUCCUGCAAUUUGUCAGAGAUCAGCUGUGAUUAUCUGACCUCAGCUCUGAAGUCCAACUCCUCCCAUCUCAGAGAGCUGGAUCUGAGUGGAAACAACCUGAAGGAAUCAGACGUGAAGCAGCUGAUUGAUCUUCAGGAGAGUCCAGACUGCAGACUGGAGACUCUGAGAUGGGAGGAUUGAUCUCUGUCAGAGUGAGAGUGAACAUCCAGGAGUGUUGAGAGAGGAUCAGCUGGAUCCUGAUGAUCCAUCUGGAGUCUGGAUCUGGAUUUUGUCGUCUUCACUUAAGUCUCUUAACUGACUACAAACUGAACAGUUAUCUCUGGAUUUAGCUGAAGUCAGCACUUUACAGAUUAGUUCUACAUGAGCUGUUUGAUGCAGAAAAGAUAAAAACAGGUGUUAUAAGUCAGACUGUGAGCCUGGACUCAUAUUUAUCAAGUGUCUCAG